CCGAAUCAGAAAUCAACAAGGAGGGUUUGUGUAUUGGCAGCCAGCUGAAAUUUUGCCCAAUAACAACUUUAUUUAUGUCUACAUUCGCUACCAGUGAAAAAUAUUGAUCUGAUACGAUCAUUUGACGUUCUUUAACAUCGUUACUCUGCAUUUCUAACUUAAACAUGCCAGGUCAGGGGCCACCGUUCUUCUAUCACGACUAUUUCCAAAACCAGAGACUGCCGGGAGUCAUGGAUGACCGCCUCCACCACCCCCCUCAGGGACCAGCUAUUCCAGGCCACCACAUGCCCAUAAUGGCACCACCUUAUGCAAACCAGUAUUCAUUCAGACCACCACUCUGGGGACCACCAGCUUUCAACUAUCAUAAUAACAAUAUCUACCACAACAACAACCUCAGGAAUCUCCAACCAGUUCAAAGGAAUCUCAAUGCAGCACAAUCACAACCAAGCAAUGAAAGGGAGAAAACUUGUUUUAUUUGUCAAGAUGCUUUGCAGAAUUCUGAAGAGAGGGGUAUUCACCUUUGUGACGGCGGGCUUAAAGAAAAAGAUACAAGCAAAGAGACAACCUCAGCUGAUGAGUUAAACGUUGAUAUAAAGGAUAUGGAUGCCCGUCUUGAGAAAUUGCUUUUGGAACUAAAGGGCUGUCUUAGGAACAAAUAUGAGAGUGUUACAGAAACCUUAGAAAACUAUGUCUCAUCUCGGGUCAGCGAGAUAGAAACCAUCCAUCAAGAUGUCCUCGAGGAGAAAUCACACCUAGAAAACCUACAGACAGAGCUGAAAACAAAGACACAGGCAUUGGAAGAGAGAGAGAAGGUGCUGAGGGAAAAGGAGACCCAGCUUAACAAAGAUAAGGAGAAAUUCGAGAAGGAGGUUCACAAAGAAAAGGAGGAAAUCUGUCGACAAUGGCAGCAGCUCCGAGACGAAAUCUCCAGAAUGGAAAAACUUCAUGAAGUGCAAAAGGGUAGGAUCAAGCUGGAUAUUGGGGGUGUGAACUUUACCACAUCGAGAUUGACCUUGACACGAGAUUCCGAGUCCAUGCUUGCAGCCAUGUUUAGUGGUCGCCAUGAUAUCCGAGUGGAGGAUGAUGGGACAAUUUUCAUCGACCGGGAUGGCACACAUUUCCGGCACAUCCUGAACUAUCUGCGUGAUGGUGGAGUCAAGCUGGAUGCUCUGCCUCGAAACAGACAAGUUCUCCGAGAGCUGAGAAAUGAAGCUGUGUUCUAUCAACUGCAUGGGCUUGUCCAGCAGAUUGAAAAACUCAUAUGAGACCUCAGAACUCCCAUAUGAAGUAAGAGUCCAUCCUCUCUAUGCUGUUGAUGAUAAGUGCUAAGAUUAAGGUGUUACGGCUAUAAGCACCUAACGUUAAGUUACGGUCCAUUAUAUGCUGGCCCAAGAAUGAUGAGAUAUGUAUAGAGGGCCAUUCAAGUCAAAUAUAUGUAGCUUUUGCAAUGUUCAGUCAAAGAUAUGGUGUGCCCAAAUUUACUAUCAAUUAAGGAAUAUUAUAAUUGCAUUUUUAAAAUUAUGUUUUGUUCAUCUGCGUAAAAAUGCAAAAAUGAUAUUCAUAAGCUGUUAUAGUGACCAAGAAAAACUGAAUGAAAGAAUUUAAAUAACAAGCAAGAAAUUAAACCAGGGUAAGUUGCAGAAAAAUAAAGAAUAUCGGUGUCUACAUGAUUAUCAAAUUGCUAAUAAGUACCCAUUCAGAGUAAAUUCUCUAUUUCUUGUUUUUAGUAGAUAGUAGAAUAAAUAUUUUGCCAUCACCAAUAUACAUGUAUAACCUAGCUUGGAUUCCCUUUAAUGCUUCCCUGGUUCGUUUUGUCACACCCAUUCUUUGUAACUUCGGUUUGUGUUUUCACUAUACUUUUGCAUGCCUACUGUGUAAUAAAGAUUGAUCUAAAGCAUAUAUUUAUUGAUCACAUAAGUCAAAGAAAAAUUUUUAACGUUACCGGUAUGAAGGAGAAUAGAGUUUAUAUUUGUAUAGUUCGAUGCAGAUUUAAAAUUAUGUGCAUGGUUAUGGAGGAAUAUUUGUGAUUAAAUGUGAAGGAUUUAUAUUUUAUUUUGAAUGUCUAUAUGAGUGUGUGAUUAAGCAUAUCUAAUUAUAUACUUAGUCUAAUAAAUAUAUAUAAUAAAA